UCCUUUUCGGUCGCUUUUCUGCUUCUAGACUCUGAGGGCGCGUUCACUUCAAACUCCCUAAACCCUCUCUCUCUCUCUCUCUCUCUCUCUCUCCUAAAACCCAAAGUUUUUUGUUUGUCUUGGAAUGGCAGCACCGGGGCAGUUGAUUCAGCUCAUUGAGUCGUUCGUCAGCUUGUCUCGCUCUCCGAGUCAGCAGGCUGCUAGCUUGGACACAAUUGCUUCUCUUGUGAAGAAUGAUGUAUUAACUAUGAAAGGACUGGUCAGAGAGAUGGAGAUGUAUUUGACUGCUACAGAUAACGUUAUUCGUGCAAGAGGUAUCCUUCUCCUUGGGGAAGUGCUUUUGUCUCUUCCAUCAAAGCCACUAGACAAUACUACUAUACAUAGCUUGAUGGAGUUCUUCACCGACAGAUUGGCAGAUUGGAAAGCUUUACGUGGUGCACUUGUUGGUUGCUUGGCACUAAUGAGGAGAAAAAGUACUGCUGGUAUGGUGACUAGCUCUGAUGCAAAAGCAGCUGCCCACUGUUUUUUACAGGACCUACAGGUGCAAUCUUUAGGACAGCAUGAUAGGAAGCUGUGCUUUGAACUUCUGGAGUGCCUGUUGGAACGCUACCCCAGUGCAGUUGCUCCAUUGGGUGAUGAGCUUAUUUAUGGAAUCUGUGAAGCUAUUGAUGCAGAAAAGGAUCCUCAAUGCUUAAUGCUAACAUUUCAUAUCGUUGAACUUCUGGUGCGGCUAUUUCCAGAUCCAUCUGGUCCACUUGCAAGUUUUGUUGGGGAUCUUUUCGAAAUUCUGGGCUGUUACUUUCCCAUUCAUUUUACACAUCCAAAAGGUGAAGAUCUUGAUAUCAAAAGGGACGACCUUGCAAGGGCACUAAUGUCAGCUUUGUCCUCCACUCCUCUUUUUGAGCCAUUUGCAAUUCCAUUGCUUCUUGAAAAACUUUCUUCUUCUCUGCCGUUCGCAAAGGUCGAUUCCCUGAUGUAUCUCAACAGUUGCACGUUGAAGUAUGGAGCAGAAAGAAUGGAAAAACAUGCUGAAGCUAUAUGGUUAUCAAUUAAAGAUGCAAUAUAUACUUCACUACAAGGGCCUGCUUUAUCUUCUACUUCAGAAUAUCUAGACAGUCUUGGCUUUCAGGAGAAUGAAAUUGCCAGAGAAGCUUUAGCACUUCUGCAGCAGGUUAUUAUGCAAAAUAAUGGUUUGUUUUUAGGUUUUAUUAUUAAAGAUGAAGACGUAAAUAUGAUUUUGAACACUGUUACUCAUUACGAGAGAUAUAACGAUAUUCCCUCGCAAGGCAAGCUGAAAUUACAUGCAGUUGGUUGUAUCCUUUCUAUUUCUACAAAGAGUUCCAUUACUUCCUGCAAUAGAGUGUUUGAAAGUUUCUUCCCCCGCUUGAUGGAAAUUCUAGGGCUCUCUGUAAGAAAUUCAUCCGGCGUUCACUCACCAAAUGACAAUCAUUUACUCUCCAAAAGACUAAAUUUUGGGGUUCUUUAUCUCUGUGUUGAACUUCUUUCAGCACACAGAGAUUUGAUUGCGGGCUCCAAGGAAAUUGCAUCUCAAUAUGUUUCUGCAUUCGAGACAUGUUACUGCAUGCUUCAGAGCUAUUCAACUUCAUUAACUAAGGCCUUUUGCUCUACCUUGGCGACAACUCCUCAUGAUGCACAUAUUCAUUUUGGAGUGAAGGGUUUGCAGAUUCUGGCUACUUUCCCAGGAGAUGUUUCUCCAAUACCGAUAUCUGAGUUUGAGAAAAUUUUGAUCACAUUCAUGUCAAUUAUCUCAGUGAAUUUCAGUGAGACAUUAAAAUGGAAAUUGGCAUUGAAGGCGUUGGUGAACAUUGGUUCAUUUAUUGAUAGAUAUCAUGAGUCUGAGAAGGUUUCAAGCUAUAUGGGUUUAGUAGUUGAAAAGAUUGUUUCCCUGGUGUCUCUUGAUGAUCUUACCAUGCCUUUUCCACUCAAACUGGAAGCAAUAUCUGGCAUUGGCACAAGUGGGCUGAAUUAUAUGCUGAACAUUGUCCAAGGAUUGGAAGAAGCUAUAUAUGCCAAUGUAUCUGAGGUUUAUGUCCAUGGAAAUUUGAAGUCAGCUGAAAUCACAGUUCGGCUUUUGGAAUGCUACUCUAAUAAGGUGCUUCCAUGGAUCCAUGACAAUGGAGGUAAUGAGGGAGUGUUGCUGCGAUUUCCUGUUAAUAUUUGGAACCAAAUUGAAAGUUCUGUUGAUUUUAGUGUUCAAGUUCAAGAAAAGGAGCUUCUUGAUGCAAUGAUGACUGCAAUGAGGCAUGCUGUUGCGUUUUGUACAGAAGAAAGCCAGAACAAAAUAAUUCAAAAAGCUUACAGCAUACUUUCACUAAGCACUUCUUUUCCUCUAAAGGAAUUCACAUCUCUCACCAUUCCAUUCCAACUGGAUUGGCGACAGCUCACUCAGAGGAUUGACAAUUUGUCCCAUAGAGAUGAAUGGAUUCUUUUGCUAUUUGCAUCUGUAGUUAUAGCAGUUCGUCCCCAAACGCACAUUCCAAAUGUAAAAGGAAUCUUGUAUUUGUUUAUGACAACUCUUCUCAAGGGUUAUCUUCCGGCAGGUCAGGCAUUGGGUUCCAUGGUUAACAAAAUGGGUACAAAAUCCAGUGGAUCAGAGAUUUCAAGUGACUGUACCUUGGAAGAAGCACUAGAUAUCAUUUUUCAAAUGAAACUAUGGAACCAGAUACAUAGUUUAUGCAGUGGAAUGGCGAAUGGAAGUGAAAUGGGUGAUACUGAUUUAUGCCCUAGUGUUGCGAACAAUAGGUUGCACCAGAUACAUGCCAUUGCUGGACUAUCAUGGAUUGGAAAAGGUUUGCUUCUGCGUGGUCAUGAAAAAAUUAGAGAUGUAACAAAGAUUUUUCUGGAUUUUUUACCGUCAAAUAAUAGAAUGGAUGCCUUGCCAUUAAAGCAUCAUUCACUGGAGAACAGUUUUGAGCACGAUUUGCAUCCCUCUGUGAUGAAAAGUGCGGCAGAUGCAUUUCGUAUUCUUAUGAGUGAUUCUGAAGUUUGUUUGAAUCGAGAGUUUCAUGCAAUAAUACGGCCACUCUAUAAGCAACGUUUUUUCUCUACCAUGAUGCCUAUUUUGCAACAUUUGAUAAUGAAAAAUGAUUCAUCAUUUUCCAGAUCUAUGCUGUAUCGGGCAUUUGCACAUAUUAUAUCUGAUACUCCAUUAAUUGCUAUUUUAAGCGAAGCCAAGCUCUUACCUAUUCUUCUGGAUUGCUUAUCCAUGUUGAACAAGGAUAUUCAGGACAAACAUUCAUUGUACAGACUCCUGCUAGUCUUAUCUGGGAUAUUGACAGAUAAAAAUGGGCAAAAAGCUGCCAUUGAGAAUGCUCGUCUUGUCGUUAAUUGCCUCACAGGACUUAUUGCCUAUCCUCAUAAGAUGCUUGUACGGGAGACAGCAAUUCAGUGUCUGGUCGCCAUGUCUGAGCUUCCCCAUGCAAGGAUCUAUCCCAUGAGAAUACAGGUACUCCGGGCUAUAUCAAAGGCUCUUGAUGACCCUAAGAGUGCAGUUCGUCGGGAAGCUGUCAGAUGCCGACAGGCAUGGGCAUCACUUGCAUAAGGAAGUCUCAUUUCUGAAUGACGCAGCAGAGUUUUUCUGAGGCUGGUUGGACAGAUUGGUGACUUGUUUUUGUUCUAUUUCAUGUCUAAUCAGCAUGGCGUAUGAAAUAUUAGGUUUAGGACAGAAUUGGUAGAUAUAGUAUCUGUAGAUAUCCGAGAUGGACAAGACUUUUUGUUGUUAAUAAGAAAUUGAUGCGAGCAAUUUAAUUUUCAAUAGAAAGUUGGCAACAUCCA